AUGUCUUCUAUUUUCUGUUGCCUUUCUCCCUCGCCCUAUCGACCGGCUUACCUCACGCAUGAGGCCAAGUUUGAACCGUUCAUUGCCUGGGCCAAAGGAUCGGAAUCAUCCCUCUCCGCCAUUUCAGCUUCAUUCUUCCAAAAUCCGGAUAAUCUGCCACCUUAUGCGAUUCAAUUUGUUCGGCAAGUCAAUUUUGGUGCUAUCGAAGCCAAAAGAUAUUUCAUCCCUCACCCCGAAGCAACUAGGGGUCGGAUAGACUUCGUGGAGGUUACUGAGCAAGAUCUAAUCACUGGGAAUUUCCAAAAGCUCAACUCGCACAGGAAACUCAUCAAACAUAGGUACAAGAACUUCAAGUGUACAACACACAACAAGUUUUUCGAAGUCAAUUUGUAUCAAAAGGACCCAGUCAAUCGGCACCAUUGGCGAUUGAAUAUUGCUCGGCCAGCUAGUGAUAUUGAUCUUUAG